GUUCUUCGACGAGUUUGAAAAAUUGGCCACUAGAUGUCAGCUUAGUUGAUUGUUUAGAUUUGAAGACCAUUUUCUUGGGUCUGUGCUGACCGUGUUUUGCUCCAAGCCCUUCCAUAUCUCGAUAUUCAUGUCGCAUAUUUCCAAGUUACUGAUCGCGAAUCGCGGCGAGAUCGCGUGCCGCAUCUUGCGCACAUCUCGCCGUUUGGGUUUGCGCUCAGUGGCCGUGGUCUCGGAGGCUGACAAGCAUGCCCUUCACGCCCAAUUGGCCGACGAGGUUCACUGCAUUGGACCCCCGGCCUCACAAGAAUCCUAUCUAAGGCAAGAUAAGAUCAUCCAAGUGGCCAAAGAAACGGGUGCCCAAGCGAUCCAUCCAGGAUAUGGAUUCCUGUCUGAGAAUGUCGAGUUCGCGGAUUUGUGCCAAAAGUCCGGAAUCAUCUUUGUGGGACCUCCAGCCUCGGCCAUCCGCGAUAUGGGCAUCAAAUCCACCUCCAAGAUCAUCAUGGAGGAGGCGAAAGUGCCCAUCAUCGGAGGUUACCAUGGCGAAGAUCAAUCGCCUGACAAGCUCCGAUCUGAGGCUCAAAAGAUCGGGUUUCCCGUCAUGAUCAAGGCCGUUCGUGGCGGUGGCGGCAAGGGUAUGCGAAUUGCCAUGACGGAGGCCGAUUUCGAGCCCCAAUUGGAAUCUGCCAAACGCGAGGCCAUGAAAUCCUUCGGUGACGAGGUGAUGCUCUUGGAGAAGUACGUGGAGACCCCGAGGCAUAUUGAAGUUCAGGUAUUCGGAGAUCAACAUGGAAAUUACGUGUACUUGUUUGAGCGUGAUUGCUCCGUUCAAAGGCGACAUCAAAAGAUUAUCGAAGAGGCUCCUGGACCGGGGAUCACUUGGGAAGUCCGAAAGAAAUUGGGCGAGGCGGCUGUGCGGGCAGCCAAGGCCGUGAACUAUGUUGGAGCCGGAACUGUGGAGUUUAUCAUGGAUAAGGAUUUCAACUUCUUUUUCAUGGAGAUGAACACCCGGUUGCAGGAGAUCAAACUGAAUGGAUGGUCUUUUGAGGCCCGGAUUUACGCCGAGGAUCCUGACAACGGAUUCAUGCCUGGAGCGGGUCCACUUCAAUAUCUUGCCACGCCCACAGCCUCCGAUGAUGUGAGGAUCGAGACUGGUGUUCGUCAAGGCGACGAGGUGUCAGUUCAUUACGAUCCGAUGAUUGCCAAAUUGGUCGUGUGGGGCCCUGACCGUCAAUCCGCUCUGAUGAAGCUCCACUCCUGCUUAUCCGAAUAUAACAUUCACGGCUUGAGCUCAAACGUGAACUUCCUCAUGGAUUUGGCCUCUCAUCCGGCUUUCGUUAAAGGCCAGGUAGACACGGACUUCAUUCCCCGACACUACGAAGAGCUCUUCCCCAAGAAAGUCGUGACCGACACGCACAUUUGCCAGGCAGUACUUUCCGUGGUGCUCAACGAGUCCCAAACCCCUACCCUCCUGAACGCCAACGAUCCGUUCAGAUUUGAAACGGGCACUCGUCUCAACCACCAUCUGAUUCGCACCCUCAACUUGAACUUGCCCGAUGGCAAGACCGCCAUUAGUCCCCGAAUCAUCUAUCAGGGCAAUAACCAAUACACGGUCGUGAUUGGCGACAAUCAAUAUGACGUGUCGGGUCGUCUCGUUCGUGACGAUGAGAACAACUUUACCGAGCUCACGUGCGAUAUCCAGGGUAAAGUGAGCAAAACGCGGGUUCUUCUACAGGAUGAGACCAUCCGCCUUUUCACCAAGGACGGGAGUGUUUCCAUGAGCCAUCGGUUACCUAAAUUCAUCUCCGAGCAAAUGGGUGGAUUGGGACUCGGGGAUGAUGCCGUGAGUCCAAUGCCAGGAGUCAUCGAGAAGGUCUAUGUGAAGAAUGGGGAUCAAGUCAAAAUCGGCGAUCCCUUGGUGGUUAUGAUUGCUAUGAAAAUGGAGUAUGUGAUCAAGGCCCCGAAAAACGGAAAGGUGCUCAAAAUCGGUCAUAAGGUGGGCGAUUUUGUUGCCAAGAACACAGUUCUGGUGCAAGUUGAAGAUGAGAAAAGCAAAUUAACAUAACGCGGUGGGAACCUCAAAUACUCGUAUGGAUAAUAUUUACGAAACCGUGUAGGCCCGUUUUUGCAAACAUAAUAAACGAAAUUCGACUUAUAAGCAA